AUGAAGCAACUUUUCUGCCCCGUCGCUCACAAACGGUUGCCUCUCAACUACCUGGCGUUUAGUUCGGACACAGAGAAGGACAUUAAAGCCUACUCAUCCCAACGAGUUGUUGUGGAUAGAAAAAGAUAUGAUGGCAACGAAGGACGGCUUCCAAUGUCCUUCAGCACUGUAUUCUUCCCCGACCCACCGACUAAAGACUCACUUGCCUCGGCCAGGCUCUCUCUCUCAGCAACGCGCACCUCGGCGUUCCAGCUUUCCUCAAAAAUACUCGCAGCAGAGUCUGCUCUCGCCCAGCUCAUUCGCGAGUCCAAACAUGCCAUUGAGGAAAUGCAACACGCGUAUGGGGCGUUGCAGGAUCAGAUUUUCAGGACGGAGGCAUACUUGAGUGGGAUUCGACGUUUACCUGUGGAACUACUUCGGGAAAUAUUCAUGUGGUGUUUCGAUUCUAAUGGAUAUGAGGCUUCCGCGUGGACCCUAUCGAGUGUCUGCACGAGUUGGAGGACCUUGGCGUUGGGCAUGCCAUUAAUUUGGUCGAAAAUCCGUUUAAUAACCACGCCCCAAUCAUCGGCGGAUACGAUUCGUCUUUGGUUGGAACGUUCAGGGUCUUCUGUACCCUUGGACAUCGAGAUAGUACUACGCGUCGCCAGUCCUAAAUCCACCACUUCAAAUUCUAAUGCGGAUGCGUCCAACACGUCGCGACCGCCAAGAGCGUCGUCCCCUACGCUACCCCCCUACCCUCAGACAUCGCACUACGUGGUACCGCAUCACCCACCAGGAGGGACAGUAACGAUUCUCGCGCCGGGGAAUGUGCCCCCACCCAUCAUUAUGCCCCACUCACCCACCCCUCCUCAUACCCCUUCUAGUCCCCACAGUUCCACUACGGAUUCGUCGUGUCAAUCCGAAAGGAACGAAAGACAGAGACCGGGUAUGCAUUGGGGCCACAUUGCAUUCUUUUACCUCGUGGAACAGAUGCAUCGAUGGGAACGAUUUGUAUUCCGUUUCGACAAGCAAUUCGCCUCGCUAAGUGCGCUGAAGGGCAUCAAUGGUGACGCCCCAUUGUUGAAGGAAUUCGAAGUAACCAGCGCAGAAGCCGCAUUCUACACCGAAUGGCCUUGGCUUCCUAACUCUUCGGGACCUAUACCCUCGUUACCGAAUCUCCGCACUCUGACCCUCCAACACGCACCCUUCAAGUGGAACUCCCCCAUGCUCCGCAACCUCAACGUGCUCGUCUUACGCGCCGUUCCAACCCUCCAUAUCCCCUUCGAUAGAAUCCUAUACAUCAUCGCCCAGAACCCUGCGUUGACGGAGCUUUCUCUGCACUUCCAAGGCGUACUGCCCGCCAUACUCCCUUUGACGCCCCUUACCCUGCAAAACUUGAAGAAACUCAACAUAGGCGGGCACUAUCUCCUCUCUUCUGUCGUCGAUGCACUCUCCCUUCCAAUGCUCCAAAACCUGACUAUUGAUGUGGAGGCACGUGACCCCAUCGAAGAUACUAUCUCUGCCUUGAUCACACGGUCCCAAAAACCUCCCAUAGAACACCUGUCGAUUGCGUAUAAUUCAUCCGCGCAGGCGUUUUACUACGGCCCUGGGGGCGUGGUGAUCUCAUGGUCUCUCUUGAACGACUUGCCCAUGUUGAAGACGCUCCAGGUUGGGGGUACGCCUUUGGAGGGAUUGGUAUCGGCCCUGGGCGAUCCAGAGGACGACGAUAAUAACCACCCUCCUGCAGUGGGAGGUGGUCCUGCCCAUGGUUGGAUCUGUCCGAAUUUGGAGAAGCUGGGCAUGAGGGCUUGUCAUGGACAUAGUGAGGGGAUGGGGCGGUUGAUACGCAUGGUGGAGGCGCGGAAUCCGAUUCAUGCGAAUGCGGGUGGGGCUGGGGCGCCUGAUCGGCUUAAGGUGUUAGAGAUGCAUGAGUGUACGAGCGUGGGUGCGGAUAUUGUACAGUGGUUGGAGGGAAGGGUCACUUGGCCAUCCAUAUCUAUAAAACCGUAUCUCAAGCAUUCACGCGUCUGGUAUAAUUCUACUUUUACACACUACGUGUUCGCCUAUAUUCAUCUUCUCUCCUCCGCUUCCGACUCCGUACUUGAGGCCCUCUUUUCCAUAAUGCCUCUGUAUUUCCUGGCUACCGCUUCACAUAAAACGCAUAUGGCGACGUUAUUUACAAUUCACAUACGUAUAUCUGAUACAAUCAGCAACAAGCCAGCAAAUCUCCUCAGCGCUGUGAGGAAGAAAUGUCACCAGCUCGAUUGGAUUAUCCGACCACCAGGCAAAAUCAUCCAAGGUCCAAUGGCAAGUGGAGAUACGAUAAACGCAAUUUACCGGUCGUCGUGA